CCUAGGCUCCGCCUCCUGACGGUGGAGGCGGGUUCUGAGGUUUGGGCUCCGGUUUCUCUGCUCUCGGCUUCAGAGUGAAGUGCAGACUCUUCGGGUCCAGCUGCCACCUCCGCCGCACCCAUAGCUGCCUGCUUCUCCUGCUCCAGCCUAAGCUUCCCUGGACCAUGGCCAACACCGAGCGCACCUUCAUUGCCAUCAAGCCAGACGGCGUCCAGCGGGGCCUGGUCGGGGAAAUCAUCAAACGUUUCGAGCAGAAGGGAUUCCGCCUUGUGGGCAUGAAGUUCCUUAGGGCCUCAGAGGAACAUCUGAAACAGCAUUAUGUUGACCUGAAGGACAGGCCAUUUUUCCCUGGGCUUGUGAAAUACAUGAACUCAGGACCUGUUGUAGCCAUGGUCUGGGAGGGCUUGAAUGUGGUGAAGACAGGCAGAGUGAUGCUGGGGGAGACUAACCCAGCUGAUUCUAAGCCAGGAACCAUUCGUGGGGACUUCUGCAUUCAAGUUGGCAGGAACAUCAUUCAUGGCAGUGAUUCUGUAAAAAGUGCUGAGAAGGAGAUCAGCCUGUGGUUUAAACCUGAAGAACUGGUUGACUAUAAGUCUUGUGCCCAUGACUGGGUCUAUGAAUAAGAUUUAAAAAAUGGAUAUAAACUGGACCCACCACUCUUAGUAGCUGUGGUAUGCGUGUGCACGUGUGUGUCUUCAUCACAGAGUAUGAAUAUGUGUGUAUGUCUGUGUGUAUGUGUCUAUCCCUGAAUACAUCUCAUGCCAGGGGAUUGAAAGGAAUUGGAACCAGCAUUUUCUAAAACAGUCUUGUAACCCUGUUCAAUAAAGCCUUGGAAAUAAGGGG